GUUUUCCUUUUUACUUCUCUCUCUCGGUCGCUCCACAUUUUUCUCCGGCACGUAUUCUUCCGUCCGCUUCUGUGUGCAGGAGUUGUUCAGGCAUGGCGCCCAAAUUCUUCGUCGGCGGCAACUGGAAAUGCAAUGGCACAACUGAGGAGGUGAAGAAGAUAGUCACUACCUUGAAUGAAGCUGAAGUUCCUUCAGAGGACAUUGUAGAGGUUGUUGUCAGCCCCCCUUUUGUUUUUCUUCCCCUCGUGAAAGGCUUACUAAGGUCUGAUUUCCAAGUCGCUGCUCAGAACUGUUGGGUUAGGAGAGGCGGUGCCUUUACAGGAGAAAUCAGUGCUGAGAUGUUAUUGAAUUUGAGCAUUCCUUGGGUUAUCCUUGGUCACUCCGAAAGAAGGUCUCUUCUCGCAGAAUCAAACGAUUUUGUUGCUGACAAAGUUGAACAUGCCCUCUCUCAAGGCUUGAAAGUGAUAGCUUGCAUUGGAGAGACGCUUGAACAGCGGGAAUCUGGCUCAACCAUGUCUGUUGUUGCUUGCCAAACAAAAGCAAUUGCCGAAAAGAUUGAGCACUGGGAGAAUGUGGUUUUAGCUUAUGAGCCUGUCUGGGCAAUUGGGACAGGGAAAGUGGCAACCCCGGCUCAAGCUCAAGAAGUUCACUCUGAGCUGAGGAAAUGGCUCCGAGACAAUGUUGGUCCUGAAGUUGCUGCAACUACAAGAAUCAUCUAUGGAGGUUCUGUGAAUGGGGCAAACUGCAAUGAAUUGGCGGCACAACCCGACGUUGACGGCUUUCUGGUCGGCGGAGCUUCUCUUAAGCCGGAGUUUGUGGACAUCAUCAAGUCGGCUACGGAAAAGCAGCGGUGAAAAUCUCAGGAUGAGAUGCGGGGUCGGAAUAAAAUCUCUGAAGUUGUAGAAAAACUUGGAACCUUUUCCCAUGGAAUUUCUGAUAAGAUAAUGAACAAUGUGUGGAACACUAACAGGGUAAUGUAAUGUGAUGUAAUCAUGCGGUA